AUGAGAUCACUACAAUCCCUCUUUUCGAGAACAUGUGCCGCAUGCCGGACGCAGCUCCAGACCACACGAACGUUGCCCUCUCGAAUACCACGCACGCCUCGCCGUACAUAUACUAGACCCGCGUUCGCUCCAAAACCUGCGAUAGACAUCAAGCACAUUCGCCAGAACCCCGGCCUCUACGAACAGAAUUGCAUCGACCGUAAUUAUGCUGCGCACGGAAAAUCCUCAUGGCGCAUAAUCGAGCUGCACGAAGGAUGGCUGGCGCUACAACAGAAUGCCCGCCAUCUGAGAGAAAGGAACAAUCAAAUACGUGGGAAACUAGCAAAGGCAAAGUCCCACAGCGCAAGCGAAGGAAAUGGUCAGUCGAGAGAAUCACUCAUCGACGAAGCAAAAGCGUUGAAGGCUGAGAUUGGAGUCAUCGAGGCAAAAGAAGUGAUAUUGCAAGAAGAGAUAGACAAUCUUGCUCAGGACUUGCCAAACCUCAGCAGCACAAAUACACCCGUUGGCACCGAGCCGCAAGUCCUCGAAUAUAUCAAUGACCACCCCGAACCCGAACCUUCGCAGUCGGACCGCAUUUGGAGAUCGCAUGUACACAUUGGCUCAGAGCUCGGGAUACUGGACUUUGCGGGCUCAGCGCAGACAUCAGGAUGGGGCUGGUACUUCCUCGUAGGUGACGCCGCGAUGCUGGAGCAGGCUCUUGUACAAUAUGCAUUGAGCGUAGCAAGAAAACGAAGCUGGAAGGUUGUGGCACCACCAUCGCUGGUAUACUCCCAUGUUGCGUCUGCAUGCGGGUUUCAACCGCGAGAUCAGAACGGCGAACAGCAGGUCUAUGCUAUCGAGCAGGCGGAGAAGGACCAGGCGAAGCCGCAGCUAGUCCUUGCAGGUACCGCUGAGAUUCCACUGGCUGGCAUGAAAGCGAAUCAGACGUUUGAGGAUGUGGAGCUCCCGCUGAAGACGAUUGGAGUCUCACGGUGCUACCGCGCCGAAGCAGGUGCCCGCGGCAUAGAUACCAAGGGUCUAUACCGUGUGCACGAGUUCACUAAGGUAGAGAUGUUUGCUUGGACACUACCAGAUACCAACGAACAAGAGCAUUUUGCGGCCGACACACCCUCGAACUCCGUAACGAUCUUCGAAGAGAUGUUGUCUAUGCAGAAGGAGAUCCUGCAGAGUCUUGGCCUGCACUGCCGCGUUCUCGAGAUGCCUACGAGCGACCUUGGAGCCAGUGCGACCAGGAAGAUAGAUAUCGAGGCUUUCUUUCCGUCAAGGCGCGAGAAGGACGACGGUUGGGGCGAGGUUACUUCCACAUCCAUCUGCACAGACUACCAGAGUCGGCGAUUACAUACUAGAGUUCGACUGGGCAAGAUCGGCGGCAAGCUAGAGUUUCCAUAUACCUUGAAUGGUACGGCUCUUGCAGUCCCACGCGUGUUGGCUGCCAUCCUGGAAAACUCGUGGAAUGAGCAUGAUUACUCUGUGACCAUACCAGAGGUGCUACGGCCGUUCAUGGGAGGCCAAGAGAAAAUUCAGGGGCACAAGAUCCAUGGAACGGGCAACUAUUGA